AUGCCUACAGAUAUAUCUACUUCUCACGUCGUAAAUUUGGAAAACAAGCGCUAUCUGGCAAAUCUAUGUCAACUGUCUGAUAUAACUGCUAACGAUGGCGAGAUAUUUGUGACGUCGCUAACCGGCCCCUGUGUUAAGUAUUUCUGCAAUGACAGCAACAUUUUGCCUAACGAAUAUGGCUGCGAAAGAGAUGGCAAAUGUUUUCCUUUGGGCGACACGUACGGUGUAGGAUGCUUUCGAGAGAAUAUACUUGUCGCUUAUAUUCUAGGGUGUGAGUUCAAGUCCACCUGUCUCUCUGUUAACGACACCACCUCUGCUGGGUGCCAGAAAUACCAGUGUACCAAAGAAGGAGACUCCUGGACUGCAACUUACUCGCUUCAAGUGAUAGAAUGGGGUUGCGCAUAUCAGAACCGCUGUGUGAGUGAAGGGGAGUCAGUUCCGAGUGGGUGUAACAAAUUCCAGUGUGUCAGGACUGUGAACAAUGGUGAAACAACCCUGACUAUGGAAUUUGUGCAAGGAGGUUGUGAAAGGAAUGGCAAAUGUUAUCCCGUUGGUGACAGUUUUACUUCUGGAUGUAUUCAAAGAACCUGUACUUUGGAGAACGGGAGAAUUGGAUAUUCCUUAACGUCAGAGGGCUGCAUGUCCAGAAACAGCACUUGUGUCAACGUGGGCGAGAUCUUACUGGAUGGCUGUACCUCGUAUUUGUGUGUUAAAAUUGUCGACACAACGCUGACAACUUACUCACUGGAUAUACAUGAAGAAAAGUGCGAGGAUUUGAACCACCAGUGUAGGACCCCGGGUUCGUUCUUUCCCUACGAAAUCUCUGGAGUGCUGAAACCUAACUGCACCUGUACGGUAUUGCCAGUCUCAGGUAUCGGGUAUUCCUGCUUCUGA